AUAAAAAAUUAAUGCUUAUUUUGUUAUUAUCCAGCUUUUUAUUGGGUAGUCCAAGGCUCCAAGCUACCACUGACUACCUGGACAGCUCGUUGGAUUUGAUCAGAUGUGUACAUCCCCAAAAGGAUUUAAGAGAAAAAAAAUAUAUAGUGAAUGCUUCAAUAACUGGGUUGGUUAUAUUUUGCAGACACUUUAAUUGCUUCUGACUCAGCUGUGUGACUCUGUCAUCAGUAUUAUCAGAAUCUAGCGCUUUUGCAUCUAUAAGACUACAGAUACUUCAUAUCAUCAGCUGUGACGGAACGUGACCUUCUAAUUCAUCUGUAAUCAAGUCCUUCUUUCUGGUGGAUUUAAUUAGACCAUAUCAUAUUCAUGAAGGAAACUUCAGGUGUCUGUGUUUCAUCGACCCCAAGAUGGGAUUUCAAAGUUCAUGAGGUUGCACAAAGUAGCUUCAGGCAAGCUCAUCGUCUGUUCUGCUGCAUCUCUGAUACAACUCACAAGAGAAGCAUUCAAGAAGUAAGUUUGAUUGCUCAAGGUGCUGUCAAUGAAUUCAGAAAUCUUCUUACUCUCCUUGAUGGACCAUCACAGUCAGAUUCUAAAAGGAUCAGAAAAGGUCCUUUGCCACUUCCCCAUGACAUAAACCCUGUUGAGUUGAUGGAUAAUUCUACUUCUAUGCCUCAGAGUUCAGGGUGCAACUUGACUACAGAAACCCGUAUAGUUAGACAACUACUCCCUCUUCAGAGUAUUCAAGCAACCAAUUCAUUGAGCCACACCACCAGUUUCAGCUUUGACAGGGGAAAUAGUAAUUCUAAAGCCAAUGUGGAUUUCACAAACCCUGCGAUGAUACCAAACCUCUCCUUUUCACUGCCAAGCUCACCUUUCUUAAGCUUGGAUGGAAGAGGUGGCAUUGAGAAGCAAUUAGUUCAGUAUUCAGCAUCUGAAACUGGGGCAUCUCGAGACUCUUCCUCAAUGUUUCCGAAGAGCAAGAGUGGGACGAUGAGUGAAGAGACUAGUACCAAGUGCCUAGCCUCAACCGGUGGAUGUCACUGUUCUAAGCGAAGGAAAUUAAGAAUGAAGAAAAUAAUUCAGGUCCCAGCUUUAAGUUGCAAAUUAGCUGAGAUACCGCCAGAUGAUUACACUUGGAGAAAGUAUGGACAAAAGCCCAUUAAAGGAUCUCCUUAUCCCAGGAGCUAUUACAAAUGCAGCAGCAAGAGGGGAUGCCCUGCAAGAAAGCAUGUGGAACGAUGUUUACAGGAUCCCACUAUGUUAGUCGUCACCUAUGAAGGUGAUCAUUGCCACUCCAAACUCUUAUUCUCUUCACCUAACCUCAUGAUUCAGGUUUAAUCUGUUAGUUCACAGCCUAUUCUACUUCUUCUUCUUAAAUAUGAUUCUCUUUUCUGUAAUAAUAACUUCAACAACGGAUUUACCUCUUCAACUGGAUUACGCUCUUUAAUAUUUUACUAAUUGAUGAAAUCUAAUUUGCUUCA